GCCGGCCAUGGGCUCUCGCAAAGACUCGGAUCCCCCAGAGGAGUCCGAGCAGCAACUGGAGCAUCAUGCCGACAUCGACUUUGUGACCUUUGGCAUGCUCAUACUCGAUGAUAUCGAUUUCGCUCCUCCAACGCCCUCCCGCAAGAACGUCCUGGGCGGCGCCGGCUCCUACGCCGCGCUCGGCGCCCGCCUCUUCUCGCCCCCGCCGCUCUCGUCGACGGUGGGGUGGAUUGUCGACCAGGGCUCCGACUUCCCGCCUUCGGUCACGGAGCUGGUCGACAGCUGGGGCACCGGUGCCGUGAUACGCCAUGAUGCCGACCGGCUGACGACGCGAGGAUGGAACGGCUACGGCGGCGCGGGCGACAAGCGCGAGUUCAAGUACCUGACGCCCAAGAAACGCAUCACGACGGACGAUCUGCCGCCCAACCUGCUGCAGUCCAAGUCGUUCCACCUCAUCUGCUCUCCGUCCCGCUGCCAGGAACUGGUGACAAGCAUCAUCGCGCGCCGCAAGGAAGUGUCCCCGCCCGAGACAUAUACCAAACCCAUCUUCGUGUGGGAGCCUGUGCCCGACCUGUGCACCCCCGAUGAGCUGCUCAACCUCACCAACACGCUGCCCCUGGUGGACGUCUGCAGCCCGAACCACAGCGAGCUUGCCGGCUUCAUGGGCGACGAUGGCCUGGACCCGGUGACCGGAGACAUUUCCACGAGGGCGAUUGAGCGUGCUUGCGAGCAGCUUCUGGACAGCAUGCCCCUGCAGUCCUUUGCCAUCGUUGUGCGAGCUGCUCACAAGGGCUGCUACGUCGUCAAGAAUGGCGGCAGGAAACGUCGACCUAACCAGGGCUCCAGGUCGACUCGAAAAAAGAACUACACAAGAGGCGGACUGCGACCCGACAUCGACAUGACGGCUCUGCUGGCCGAUCUCAUCCGCGACGAGGACGGGCUGGUCGUUCGCGACGAGAUCGAGGUCGACCCCGGCGUCGAACGAUGGAUCCCCGCCUACUUCAAAGACAGCAAAGAGGUCGUCGACCCUACAGGCGGCGGCAACACAUUUCUCGGCGGCAUGGCUGUUGCCUUGGCUCGGGGGAAGAGCUACGAGGAGGCCGCCGUUUGGGGAACUGUCGCGGCCAGUUUUGCCGUACAACAGGUGGGCAUGCCGACACUGGAACGAGAACAAGAUAAAACGGAGACUUGGAAUGGAAGCGUUGUGCUAGACCGACUGCAUGAGUUUGAGGCAAGACUUUGAAA